AUAACCCGUUUGUAGUUCGUAAUUGAUUCGUAUGGGAACCACACGUAUCGAAUUGUAAAUUCACUUUAAAUGUAUUCACAGUGAGGAACGUAAGUGAGGUCACUCUGUUAAUCUCUUCCCUAUCAGUCAGAUGAAAAUAAAAUGACGUCAAAAAUUGUAUUCAAGAUUAAUGGAAAACAGUACGAAGCAAACGGCAAAUUCGGUCCAGACGUGUCUCUCAACGAGUACAUCCGUACAAUAGCAGAUCUACGCGGCACGAAGGCGAUGUGUCACGAGGGAGGCUGUGGGGCGUGUAUAGUUUCCGUACGCGCGGCUACACCGCCCUCUGACGAGAUGAAGACAUUCGCCUGUCUCGUCUCCAUCCUCUCCUGCCACGGCUGGGAGAUUACGACAGUGGAAGGGGUUGGCAACAGGAACAAAGGUUACCACGACAUUCAGACCAGACUCGCCAACUUCAACGGGACGCAGUGCGGGUACUGCACUCCUGGGUGGAUCAUGAACAUGUUCAGCCUUCAUACAGCAAAGAAAGGCAAACUAACUACAACAGAAAUCGAGAAUUCAUUCGCUGGUAAUAUCUGCAGAUGCACAGGCUAUAGACCAAUUGCAGACGCGUUCAAAACCUUCGCCACAGAAGUAGACAAAGAUCUCGUCAAUAAACUGACAGAUCUCGAAGACUUAGGAAUGUUUAAACCUUGUGGUGUAUCUUGCAACAAAAAAUGUGCACACAAGAACAGAGAUAAUAAGAUUCUACUUAGUGAACUUAAAUUUGAAGAAGUUAAAGAGAAAUCAGAUGAUGAUUGGUGUAUUGUAGAAAAAGCAAAUAAGGAAUUAAUAACUUUAGAGUAUGGAGCACAGAAAUGGUACAAAGCUUUUACACUUGAGCAUGUCUUUAAAAUUAUGGGAAUGUGUAAGGAGUACAAAUUGAUAGCUGGAAAUACGGGACAAGGUGUCUAUCAUGUUGAAAAAUACCCUUCAAAUGUGAUAGACAUAUUUAACGUAGCUGAAAUAAAAGGAUACAUCAUGGAUGUAAAUCUAGUACUGGGAGCUGGCAUGACAUUGACAGACAUGAUGGAGCUUUUCUUACAGCUGUCCGCUCAAAAUGAAGACUUCGCCUAUCUUAAACAGUUUUAUGAGCACAUGGACUUAGUUGCCCAUAUACCAGUGAGAAAUAUUGGCACAAUCGGAGGAAAUCUGUAUUUAAAAUAUGUUAAUAACGACUUUCAAUCAGAUUUGUUUUUGCUUUUUGAAACCGUUGGAGCUAUGAUAACGAUAGCGGAAGCAGAGCGAAAAACGAAGGUUGUAACGUUGCCGGCGUUCUUGAAAAUGAACAUGAAAAGAAAAAUCAUUCUCAAUAUCAUGCUUCCUCCUUUAUCGAAAUGGUGUUCGGUUAAAACUUACAAGAUUAUGCCUCGCUCACAAAACGCGCACGCCGUUGUCAAUGCAGGUUUCUUCUUCAAAUUUAAACGUGACUCAACCUUUAUUGAAAAAUGUUCAUUGAUUUUUGGGAGCAUAUCAGCAAAUUUCAUUCACGCUGAGAAAACCGAGAGCGCCUUGAUUGGCAAAGACUUGUUUACCAAUGAGACUGUUCAGUUAGCUGUGAAGACUUUAUAUGAAGAAAUUAAGCCUGAAGAGGCGCCGCCGGAACCCGGAGCGGCUUACCGACGGAUGCUAGCUGUUGCUCUUUUCUAUAAGGCGGUGCUUCAUUUAUGUCCUGAUGGGAAACUAGAUCCUAGAAACCGGUCAGGCGGUGAAGCAAUAAAAAGAAGUACAUCCCAGGGCACACAAAUCUUUGACACGGACAAAAGUAUCUGGCCUUUAAAUCAGCCAAUACCAAAAUUAGAAGCUCUGGUACAAUGUAGUGGUGAAGCGACUUUUGCGAAUGACAUGCAGGCAGUAACUGAUGAAGUGUAUGGUGCGUUUGUUUGUGCUGAUGCUAAACCUGGUAGUAUUAUUAGCGGAUUUGAUAAUACCGAAGCUAUGAAACUUACAGGUGUUUUAGCGUUCUAUACUGCUCAAGAUAUACCAGGAGUUAAUACAUUUACAAGUUUAAAUGUUCCGCUAAUUGUUGACGAAGAAGAAAUUCUAUGCUCCAAAGACGUAAAGUUCUAUGGCCAACCUGUAGCAAUAAUCGUAGCUAAUAGAGAAAAGACCGCAAACAGAGCUGCAAAACUUGUCAAAGUAAAAUAUGCUAGCAUUAGUGAUGGACUACCUAUAUUAACCGUUAAAGAUGUUCUAAAAUCACCAGAAAAAUCUAAACGAUUAAAAAAUAAUAAGACAGUACAACCAGUUGACAUUGGUCAUGACGUACAUUUGGUGUUGAAAGGAGAAUUGAAUUUGGAAACACAAUAUCAUUAUUAUAUGGAACCUCAAACUUGUGUAGUAAGACCUACUGAAGACGGGAUAGAAGUAUACUCGUCCACUCAAUGGUUAGAUUUAACCAAUGUGUCCGUAGCGCAAUGUUUAAAGAUGCCGGUAAACAGUGUCAACGUGAUCGUUCGUCGAGUGGGCGGCUCGUACGGCGGCAAAAUAUCGCGAUCCGUCCAGAUCGCGUGCGCAGCCGCGCUAGUCUCGCACUUGCAGAACAAGACCUGCAGAUUCGUAGUGCCUCUGCAAACCAACUUCAAAAUCGCUGGAAAGAGGAUACCAACAUAUUCCAAUUUUGAUGUUGGAGUUAAUAAGGACGGUGUAAUACAGUACUUAAAGAAUACAUUCUAUCAAGACAACGGCUGUUCGGAUAACGAGACCAUAAGCCCGAUAACAGUCAAUCAUUUCCUUAACUGCUACGAUUCUAGACGGUGGUACAUAGAGGCUAACAGUGUAGCUACCGACACGCCUUCUAAUACCUGGUGUAGAGCCCCUUCUUCAACAGAAGGCGUGGCUAUGAUAGAAAAUAUAAUGGAACAAAUAGCUCACAAGCUCAAUAAAGAUCCGUUAGAAGUUAGACUUAACAACAUGAAUAAGGAAGACAACCCGAUUCCUGAUUUAAUUGAGCAACUAAAGAAAGAUUCCGAUUUCGAGAAUCGAUCUAAAGAGGUUGAGGAAUUCAACAAAAAUAAUAGAUGGCGCAAACGAGCACUAAACCUUCUUCCAAUGGCUUACGAACUAUUUUACAUUGGUAAUUUUAAUUCAAUAGUGUCAGUCUUACACGGAGAUGGUUCGGUAGUCAUUACUCACGGUGGCAUCGAAAUGGGACAAGGUAUUAACACGAAGGUGGCUCAAGUAGCCGCUUACAUACUUGGUGUAUCAUUAGAAAAAGUCAGUGUAAAACCAAGUACGAGUUUUACUUCUCCUAAUUCCAUGACUACUGGUGCUAGCAUUGGUAGUGAAUGCGUAGCGUUUGCUACUAUGAAGGCAUGUGAAAUUUUACUGGAGAGAUUAGAACCUAUAAAAGCAAAGAUGGGUAAACCUUCUUGGGAAGAAUUGGUCGAAAAAGCGUUCAGGGCAGGCUUAGACCUGCAAGCUUCUCAUAUGUAUUCAAGCAAUGAUGGGGUAAAACCUUAUUUCAUCUACGGAGUUGUUGCUUUAGAGCUUGAAGUAGAUAUUUUGACUGGUAACCAUGAUAUAAGAAGAGUAGAUUUGCUUGAAGAUACCGGGAGAAGUUUGAGUCCAGAAAUUGAUGUUGGUCAAAUUGAAGGUGCUUUCAUCAUGGGCCUCGGCUAUUUCACAUCAGAGAAAACCAUAUACGACCCAGCGACAGGACAACUCCUCACAGACCGCACUUGGAACUACAAGCCCCCAGGCAUCAAGGACAUACCUGCUGACUUCAGAGUCUACUUUAAGAGGAAUGGUACUAACCGCUUUGGAGUUCUACAAUCUAAAGCCACUGGUGAACCAUCGUUGUGUCUAUCAUCUGUGGUGGUCCAUGCAUUAAGGAAGGCAGUACGCUCGGCGCGGCUGGACGCUGGGCAGACGGACGAAUGGAUUGAAAUGGAUCUGCCCUGCACUGUGGAGAGCAUCUUUACUGCAGUUGGACACAGGCUGGAAGACUUUGAAAUAAUGCAGCUGCCAAAGCACCUGAAGAUAGCCGCUGGGUCGGCGGGUGCCGCCAUCUUUGGUGUUCUGUUCGGUUGGGUCAUAUUCCCUGCUAUACUCAAGUCCCAACUUAAAAAGGAAAUGGCUCUGACGGCGAAGACGGACGUGCGUCAGAUGUGGCAGAAGAUCCCGUUCGCUCUCGACUUCAAGGUGUACCUGUUCAACUACACUAACGCAGCUGACGUCCAGAAGGGAGCUAUACCCAUCGUGCAGGAGGUCGGACCCUAUUACUUUGAGGAAUGGAAAGAGAAAGUAGAAGUAGAAGAGAACGACGCAGAAGACACCGUCAACUACAAGAAGGUGGACGUGUUUUACUUCAAGCCAGAGAAGUCGGGUCCAGGACUGACUGGCGAAGAGGUCAUCACCAUGCCUCACCCAUUUAUGUUGGGCAUGGCAACAGUAGUCUACCGCGACAAGCCAGCCAUGCUCAACAUGAUCGGCAAGGCCCUCAACGGCAUCUUCGAUAACCCUGAAGACAUGUUCCUCAGGGUCAAAGUCCUGGACGUUCUCUUCAGGGGUCUCACCAUAAACUGCGCGAGGACAGAGUUCGCACCUAAAGCAGUUUGUACGGCUUUGAAGAAGGAAGGACCUCCUGGUUUGAUUCUGGAGCCCAAUAACCAGUUUAGGUUCUCUAUUUUUGGGGCGCGUAACGGCACAGUAGACCCAAAAGUAAUAACCGUGAAUCGAGGCAAAAAGAACGUCAUGGACGUAGGCCAAGUACUCGCCGUGGACGGCAAGGACAAGCAGGAGCUAUGGAGGGACCACUGCAAUGAGUACGGAGGAACGGACGGCACGGUCUUCCCCCCGUUUUUGACGGAAUUUGAUAGGUUGCAGUCGUUUUCUGGGGAUCUGUGUAGGUCUUUCAAACCCUGGUACCAAAAGAAGACCUCAUACCGCGGCAUCAAGACAAACCGCUACGUCGCCAACAUCGGGGACUUGGCCAACGACCCAGACCUCAACUGCUUCUGCGAGGCCCCGGACAAGUGCCCUCUAAAGGGCCUCAUGGACGUGACCAAGUGCGUGGGCGCGCCGAUGUACGUGUCGAUGCCGCACUUCUUGGACAGCGACCCCUCGCUCGUGCAGAACUGCAAGGGGCUUAACCCUGACGUCAAUGAACACGGGAUCGAGAUUGACUUUGAGCCGAUAAGCGGAACGCCGAUGGUGGCUCGACAGCGCGUGCAGUUCAACAUGCUGCUGCUGAACACCGACAAGCUGGAGCUCUGCAAAAACAUGCCUAACACUUACGCGCCCCUGUUUUGGGUAGAAGAGGGUCUGGCUCUAAACAAGACGUUCGUGAACAUGCUCAAGCACCAGCUGUUCUGGCCGAAGAGAGCCGUGGGCGUCAUCAAAUGGAUGCUGGUCUCGUUCGGAACCCUCGGCGCGCUAGCCGGGGCGGUGUUCCACUUCAAAGGGGGCAUAAUGAACUUCGCCGUGUCCAAGAACUCAGCGUCAGUAGCCAAGAUCAAGCCCGAAGAAGAGGCCAAGGAGGUCAGCGUGCUCGGCAGCCGCGAGCCGGCCAAGGUCAUGUAAUGGGCGCAGCGGCUCCUGCUUCCCUGGAGUCGUUACAUCCCAAUCUAUAGGCUCGUCAGACAAUUGCCUAUCAGACGAUUGCCUGUUAUCCGCAGAUUUAGAGAUUAGUUGGCUACGAACUUAUAAUAUUUACUGACGCCAUAGACAAAACCAUUUUUGCAGAUUCAGGGCUCAAUUGGCUACACUUACUUUAAGUUAAAGAUUUGAAGAAUGAGAUACGAUAAUGAUAAGUUCUGGUUUGGAUAAGUUCUCAUUUAGAUAUCGUUUAUAAGUAUGUCGUACAAUUCACAGAAGCAGCUCGAUUCGGGCAACCAAUGUCAUUUAGACGUUAGAAAUAUCGUAGAUAGAUCUUAUUGAGAUCACAGCGGAAUCGAAAUAAACGUCAAUUUUGACAUGUCGUUUAGUUAUGGAUGUUUUAAAGAUCUUUCCAAGAUCUUAAACGUGUCUUAAUCAUUAUUUGAAUCGGACCGACGGUGUCUGACUGACACUUCAUUUUCUAUAGAUAGCUUUGGUUAGACACCUGCCCUGACCCAGGCCGAUCUAGCGUGAGUCAUCGUUUAAGCUGGCUGAGUAGCCCAACCUUGGCUUGGCUUGACUAGACUUAGAAUAUUGAUUCUGCUUCUAUAAUACAUACAUUUUGUUAUUAAGAGGCUGUCAAUACCUAAAGCGCGCACACUGUCUAUUUGUAUCGGAGUAAAUGAGAUAGCACUGACGCAUGUUACUGGGCCUGGGCAAGGGAAUAAUAAGAAAAAUAUUUAAAUAAAAAAAAGUGGAUUAUUAGUGUAAUAUUUUACUCAACCACGGUUUAGAUAUAAAUGUUUUGAAAUUGUGAUUUUAAUUGCAGACCCAUAAGUCAAAACAAUAAAGACAUAAAACCGUUUAAUUGUGAUUUUAAGACCAAUCUUUGCAAUUAUUUUCUAUCGAGCCGAUUUCGUUCAAUCAUGUAUCUAGUACAACCACGGUCUUUGAAAUAUAAUUAAUAUGAACAUGUAUUUUUCUUACUUGACUAAAACAAAUAGUCUUUCUUAAAAAACUGUUUAAGUAACAUCAAUUUCAAGGACAUUGGGUGUUGACAGCCUCUUAACAGCUUUCCUCCUAUUGACUAAUUGUUUUAUAGGUAUUUUAUUAACUUCUAAUUAGUUAGAUUAUGCCAAGGAAGUCAGCGUGCUCAGCAGCCACGAGGCGGUCAAGGUCAUGUAAUGGGCGCAGCGGCUCCUGGUUUGUUAGAGAUCUUACACUUUGUCUGGUCCUUGAUUUGCUUUGAACUUUAAGAUUUCGGGUUUUGAUAAUAGUAAACUUACCUUCCUGACCAUAGACUUUUAAGUUUUAAUCUGGCUAGAUAGAGAAAACUUGUAGUUUGUUUUUCACAGAUUCUGGGCUUGAUUGGCUUUGAACUUAUUCUGCUUUCGAUACUUAUGAUUUUGCAUGCAAUUUUGCAAUAUCGUUGUUGUUAACAGCCCUCCCAUGAUAUCUACCAUACAUUAUUAGAAUUAUAUUGAAUCAAUCAAUAUUUUUGUUGAAUUCGAAUUAUCGCAAUAUCUCGAUGGUACCUAACAAAAAUCUGCCUAUGCUUAAAUGUUACCUUUUUUGACAAUUUUGCCUUUUUAACCGACUUCAAGAUGUCUAAAAGAGGAGGUUCUCAAUUCGGUUGUAUGUUUUUUUCAUGCAUUUGGUUCUGAUAUUUGCUGUAAUAUUCUGAUUUUCACACGGCACUGAGCCGUGUUGUUAUUAUCAUUUAACUCGCUCUGAUCGUAACCGUGUCUACUUUGAUGAACUUCUACAAAACUAAUUUAUUAAUUAGUUAAUAUACAUUAUUUUCGUCUAGAAAAUCAUUAUUACAUUGUUAUGACGAGACAUAAAGAAUGACGCUAAACUGGGGCGGAGCGUCCGACACGUCAUUUUCUAUGACGGCUGAUCGGAAACGAAGCGCCGAAAGCUCCGGCCCGCCCCGGCCCUGUCUAGCGUAAGUCAUCCUUAAAGG